AUGGAUAUCCUACACUUAUGUACUGACGGGCGCAUCCUGCAAGACGCAGCUUUGUUUGAAGGCCCACACAUUGAUUCCAGCAUAUUUGCGACAGCAUACUCCAACCAUGCGCCCUCUGAGCAUCUACACGGCAGAGCACGCACUAAACCAUCCUACAGACAAUGCACUACCGAUUCCAAGGUGCACCCGCAUGCUCAGGCCGAUCACAAGAACUCACACGUCUGGAAGCGCUCACUUUUCCCCUACAAUCCGCUUGAAGAGGUCGAGCAAGUUUGGCUUCUAGGUAACUAUGUGCUUGACCGUAAGACCGGUAAGAAGUGUUUCGAAGAGAUGAGCUUCAGAACGUGGGUUUUUCCUUACGUGAUGAACGGGAAGCAGACAAAGUAUGACACAGCGGUCAUCAAAAGAGUCAAUCGCCGCAUGCAAUGGGAAGUCGCUCGCCCGGACAUCAUAAGUUCCGUUAUUGGUGGUGAUGAGAAGGGUGCAAUGUCACCCGGCGAAUACCAAGUUACGUUCCAGACCUUAAUAUUAGCAGGGAGCGAAAUGACGGCCAAACCUUUGUCAGCUAACAUGACACAGCUACUCACGCAUUCUGAAACGUACGACAGACUCGUUGGCGAGAUCCGAGACGCACUGGAGGAAGAGAGCGACAUCACACUCAAUUAG